GCACAGGGGUUGGGGGGCAGCAGAGUCCUGGUAUGGGGAGAUGGGGUCUGGGCCAGCCUUGGCCUCUGUGUCUCCCGGGUCAAGCGCUUGAAUGGAAUCAUCCUUCUGGCAAGCCCCAGAGGCCCCACUAUCUAGAGUUCCCAUUUUCAGAUGGGGAAACUGAGGCUCAGAGUGGGGCUGAGGUCACAAACCCGCAGAUGCCCCUCUGUGACCUGUCUCUGGAUCAAGCCACUGGGCCUUUGGGCUGGGGGAGCGGAUGGCUCCACCAUCAACUUGCGGGCACUGAGAUCAGGGGUGGUCACUGCCCCUCCCCCCCCCCCAAAUGGGUGUAGGGACUCUGGUGGGGGAGGGGAGCGUGGUCAAAGCCAGGGGCGAAGGCAGAGCUCGGGUUCUGCCCAUCACACCCUGGCUUGGGCAGGGAGCUCCCAGGCCCUCCCGGCCACCCUCCCCCACCAUCUCCCCCCACCAGGCGCACCUGGCCCAAGAUUCCCCGCGGACUGUGGGAGGAGCUGCUUUUCAGGGCUUGGGGACCCUCAGGCACAGCCCCGCGGCGAGUGGGCGGGGCUGAGGGAGGCUGUCCCUGGCUCUGCUGCACAUGGGAGGGGGGAGGGAUUCCAGGGGCAUCCUUCUUCCUCCCCCUAAAGUGCCAAUGGCAGGGUCUGGGGACAGGACGCUGCUGUGCCCUUGGCAGCCCGUUACUCUGCAGGGACUUAGCCAGGAACACGGGAGUGUAGGCAUUGUCCCCACCGGCAUGGGGGCAUCGGGGAGCCCGCGUUGGUGUGGGGCUGAUGCCUCUGCAGAGCCACUGAGACCCUGAGGGGCACGGAGAUCCCCAUCUCUCGGCCGGCCUCGUGGGGGCCCGCAGGGAGCCAGGUGGGGCGCGGGGUCUGCCCCUGGGGCCGUGGGGAGACGCAGCCCCUCGCUACCCUCCUUCCCGCUGCGUCACAUUAAACUCUGUGAGGCUUCGUUCUUUCUGCUCUACUUGGAUUUUUUUUCCUUUUAAUUCAAGGAAGAAGCGGGUGGAGGAAGGGAGAAGGUGUUUAAAUUAAGUCCUCGUAAUAUAAAAAAAUUACAUUUUUCUUUCCAGGACGGGAGUUUCGUAAAGAUAAUUAUCGUCAUUACUCUAUGACGAAUGUUAUUUUUAUUACAUGCUUUUUUGUCUUCAUCUUCCAGCGUGAGGGGCUUCUGGGGGGCGGGCAGAGGCAGUGGCCACCAGGAGGACAGGGGGACAGGCCUGAGCGUGUCCGUGUGCCGGGUCGUGCACACGGGGUGGGGGGGGGGGUGUGCCCGUGCCGUUGUCACACGCGAACCCCCGUGGCCCCCACUGGGCUUCAGGCCUCCUUCCCCUCCCUACCCUGGUCCCCAGGCCGCCUCCCGCAUGACUCACUGCUAUGGUGUGACCCCGGCCCCUCCGGGAGCUUCCGUGGGCCGUGUGGGCCGAGAGGCAGGGAGCAGGAAAGGUGGAAUUGGAGGCGUGGGGACCUAACGCCUCGGCCUCCCUGUGACCUCCAGCAGGGUGCGUCCCUCUCUGCGCGAGGUGGGCGCAUAGCCUGUCUCCCAGGGGUGACUGGCUUCUGUGAGCUCCCAGAUGGAAGUAAUCAUUUCCAGAGCACUUACUGUGCGACGCACGAGGCCCAGAUAGGGGCUGCCACACCGCCCAAUGCUGUGGACCGACCCUGCCUGAGGCUGAAGGUUUACGUGCGGCCAACCAACGAGACCCUGUACGAGGCCCCGGAGCCCAUCUUCACCAGCAAUAACUCGUGCAGUGGCUUGGGCGCCUGCCAGCUGGUCCUCAGCACUGUCCCUGUGCUGUGGACCCUCCUGGGCUCCUAGUCCCGGCCCACCUGGAUGCCCCGCCGAGAGACCAGCUAGAGACUCCGUUUCUCCCACGACUGGUGCUGCCCUGCCAGGCGGGGGGGGGGGGGGGGGGGGGGCUGUCCACCGCCCCAGGGCCAGCCCUGGGGGGCGCGGCUAAAGGCCCUGAUGCCUGAGAGGCCGGGUGUCUGUCCAGCCUCCCGGCCAAGCCAUUCCUUCCAGGGU